AUUAGAAUUUGAGUCAAACAUGUAUUAAGAUAUAUGAAUUCAAUUUGACUUCGGCUUGAAAAUUUUAAACGUAAAAUUUUUCUCAACUUAUAACUUCUCGUAGGGUUUAUAUAUAUACUCCAUCGCUCUACCUUGUAAACACCAAGCUAUCCUUCCGAAAGAGAGGUAACAAUGGCUCCUACACUCAUCUUCACACUGGUGCUAAUCAUCAUCAACACAUGCAAUCUAACGAGGGCUGCAACCUUGCCAAAUUUCACCUCCAUUCUCAUCUUUGGUGACUCCACUGUUGAUACUGGCAAUAACAACUUUAUUAAUACUGUUUUUAGAGGAGACCAUCUUCCAUAUGGCCAAAAUUUCCCUGGUCACAUCCCUACCGGGAGGUUUUCAAAUGGAAAACUCAUUCCAGACUUUGUUGCCAGCUUCCUAGGGAUAAAACAGACUGUCCCUCCUUUUCUAGACCCGAAUCUCUCAAACAAUGACCUUCGGACUGGCGUCAGUUUUGCUUCAGCGGGGUCCGGAUUAGAUGAUCUUACCACUGUUGCAACAGGAGUCAUCCCAAUGUCCAAGCAACUUGAUCUCUUCAAGAGUUAUAAAGCAAGACUUGGUGGCAUUGUUGGUGAAAGAGAAGCUGAAAACAUCAUUAGAAAUUCUUUGGUAGUCAUCAGUGCAGGAACUAACGACUUUGGUUUCAAUUACUACCUCUUGCCUGUCCGGAGAUCGCAGUUUGACGUUAGAGGCUAUCAGGAUUUUCUGCAAAAUGCAAUGCAGGACUAUGUCAAGGCACUAUACGACCAGGGCUGUCGCAGGAUAGCUAUAGCAGGGCUUCCUCCGAUGGGUUGUCUUCCAGUUCUAAUCACAGCAAGACUCAAACCCCUUUUGGAUCGGAAGUGCUUAGAGGAUGAGAACGCAGACGCACGGUCUUACAAUCAAAAGCUUGUGAACUUGUUGCCCCGGCUGCAGGCGUCCCUUCCAGGGAGCAGAAUCGUGUAUGCUGAUGUCUAUACAACGGUGAUCGACAUGGUCAACAAUCCACAAAAAUAUGGUUUCACCGUCACAAACAGAGGAUGCUGCGGGACUGGAUUACUGGAAGCCUCGUUCUUGUGUAAUCUAGAGACACCUGCAUGCACAGCGCCUUCACAGUUCUUGUUUUGGGAUAGCAUUCAUCCAAGUGAGGCGGCUUACAAAGCCCUGGCUGUCGUCCUGGAAAAGCAGCUCGUCCAAAGCCUCCAGUGAUUCAUAGCUUUCUUCUGUUUUUUUCUUUUUUUUUUUGUUGAUGAAAAACCCAUCCGUAGACAAUGGGUUUCACCUUGAUUUAUGCUUGACAAUCUAGUUGGAUUUGACCAGGUCAUUAGAAGGAUCCAAAAUGGACUAAUUUUUGGUUUAUGCUUUA